AAAAAAAAAAAAUAGAGCAGUGAAGAAAGAUGAUCAAAAUGGGUUUUAUUGUUUUGGCCUUGGCGGUGGUUUCGGCCGCGACGGUGGUUACGGCGGCUGACGAGAGUGGGUUAGCGAAUGAGUGCAGCAAAGAUUUCCAGAGCGUGAUGACUUGCUUAAGCUUUGCUCAAGGAAAAGCAGCAUCGCCGUCGAAGGAGUGCUGUAAUUCAGUGACGGAGAUUAAAGAGAAUAAACCCAAAUGUUUGUGUUAUAUUUUGCAACAAACACAAACCUCCGGUGCUCAAAAUCUCAAAAGCUUAGGUGUUCAAGAAGAUAAGCUGUUUCAGUUACCGUCGGCUUGUCAAUUGAAGAACGCUAGCGUCAGUGAUUGCCCAAAGCUUCUUGGGUUAUCUCCGAGCUCACCAGACGCUGCCAUCUUCACCAACUCCUCCUCUAAAGCAACGACACCCGGUACUUCAGCAACCACCGCAACGCCGUCUUCCGCGGCGGAUAAAACCGAUAGCAAAUCCAGUGGAACCAAGCUUGGUCCCCACUUCGUCGGUUCCACGGCGGCGCUACUGGUUGCUACAGCGGCCGUGUUUUUCCUUGUAUUCCCAGCUGGAUUCGCUUCAAUAGUUUAGGGUUUUUUGCAUGGGAUUUCGAGAUUUGGGGGUUUUAUUUAUUGUUGAAGUCCUUUUGUUUUUAAACAGUCUCAGAAAAAAGAUGGACUGAGUUGACAAUUAUGAUGAUUUUCGUUUAUUUU